UUGAAAACUAAGGAACGAACCGGUAGAGUAGUACCCAAAACCCGAAUAGAAUCGAAGAACCGACUCUCAGAAGUUACAGAGCUUUCUCUCUCAGACCCAAAUUUUCAUAAACCCUAACCCCCGUCGCUCCCCAAAAUCGUAGCUUCCCUACAAAACCCGCAUUGCGAAACCCUAAUUCGUCGCUCUCUUCGGCAAUGACGAAGGCGUACGGAACAGGCGCGUACGAUUUCAAGCGCCACCAUGUUACCGAGUACCCGGUGGAGCUGAACCACCAGCUUGGAGAGAAGCCGGUGGAGGCUAAACCCGGCGCGGCGCUGCCGAGCUCGAUAACGCUGUCGGAGAUUCAGAGGGACCAGCUCACUAUGAUUGCCGCUGCCAAUUGGUCCAAAGCCAGCGGGCAGGUGUAGAAGGCGUUCGACGCGGAGCUGGUGAAGAAGAUUUACGAGACAAUUACUGUGGAAUAUGGUACUUGAGGCUGAUGUUGCUGUUGUUCCGAAAUGCUACUUGAGUGCUUUGUAUAUACAUGAAAAGGGGAAGCUCUUUACCCAACUUGUUGACUUGCUGCAGUUUUAUGAAGGAUUUGAGAUUAAUGAUAAUGUUGGGAAACAAUUGACGGAUGAUGAAGUGCUCCAAUCUCAUUAUGAUCGCGUACAAUCUUUUCAGCUGCUUGCUUUUACAAAGAUUCCUAAGUUGUAACAGCUUGCAUUGGUUCAAUUAACAACCAAAAUGAUCUCUCUAAAAGAUUGUCUGUACUUUCUCCUGAAGAAUUGAAGGAUUUGGUUUGUUCAAAGAUUCUAAUGAAAGUCAAGAAAGCAAACUUCAACUAAUGAAUCGAAGAAAACAUUGAAUACAAUACAGAGCAUUGUAUGAAAGUAAAACUGAAAACAGAGAGACGGGUGAGAGAAAAGGUGAAGCGGAAGUGAUAUGGUGGACGCGACUUAAGGAGGGCAGAGAAAGAGAGAAAAACACGGAGAGGAAGAGAGGGGUUAGGUGUACAAGUAAGUAUAUGAUGCUUAGCCUUAUGAUGGCAGGAAAGCUGAAGCCAACUGUUAUGCAACAAUCAGUAUUUGGGGGCCUUCUUCUGGAUUAUCACAAGUUCAUAGUGAUAAUAGGGGCAACAACUACUAGUACACGUUUUGGAAAGCUGUUAGGAAUGGAAAGCUCAAGAAUCUUUGUCUUCCCUUCUCGUUCUGGUUUGAUUUCAAGUUGAUUAGAGUAGUGCCUGAACAGAAGAUUGUCACUAUUUUCAGAAUAUGGUGGCGUUUUGCUUGAUCUUGAUACAAAGUUCAUCUUCAUUGGGAGAGAUCUUUCUUGCGGCAUUCCUUCAGUUGCUGCUGGACAGGUUAACGCCUCGGGAGAUCCUGGGCUACUUUGGAAGCUUGGGAGGAGCUGGCAAAAAGCUGCAGAAAUGGAGAGAGACACUUUCUGCAGUUGCAGCCGUGCUUUACUAUGCGGAGGAGAAGCAGCUGACUAACAAGGCAGUGGAUUUGUGGCUGAAUGACCUCAAACACUUGGCCUCUGAUAUGGACGAUCUACUCGACACCUUUUCCACUGAGAUGUUAACACGAAAGCAGCUCAAGCUUCACCAAACUGGCACAAGCAAGGUACGAGGCUUCUUUACCAAAGUUCCUCACAAAGUUAAGUUCAAUUUCAAUAUGAACUCUGAAGUAGACGAGAUUGCUAAUCGGUUGCAAGACAUAGUUGACCGGAAAGAGAAACUCGGUUUGAAAUAUAGUGAGCAUACCUCUACUUCAACAUCGUCAUCGCACAGGACACCAAGUUCAUAUGUGUUGGAUGGACCUGUGGUUGGGAGAGAUGAAGACACAAGAAAGAUUGUGGAAUUGUUGUCCAGAGGUGUUGAUCCUUCUUCUCCCACAAAUUAUCAAGUUGUUGCCAUUGUUGGUAUGGGUGGACUCGGCAAGACAACGCUUGCGGGACGAGUCUUCAAUGAUGUAGCUACAGUGGAACAGUUUAAUCUCAAGAUCUGGGUUUCAGUAUCCGAUAACUUUGAUCUUCAAACGGUGACGAGAGCUAUUUUUAAGGAAGUUACAUCUCGGCCUUGUGAUAUGGAUGAGUUCAGUCGACUUCAAGAUAAUCUGAGCAAGGAGAUCGAUGGUAAAAGGUUUUUGAUUGUUUUAGAUGAUGUCUGGAGCACAUGUGAUUAUGAUUCAUGGACAAAACUGCAAGCUCCCCUCCGUGGCGGAGCCAAGGGAAGUAAGGUAAUGGUGACAACACGUGAUGAAAAAGUAGCUGCAUUUAUGGGAGCCCCAGCUGGUGAUGUUUAUCAUUUAAAGACUCUAUCAGAUGAAGGUUGUUUGCAAGUAUUUGAGCAGCAUGUUAGCAAUGACAGGCCACCGAAUUAUGACUUGCUUAAGAAGAAAAUUGUAACAAACUGCAAUGGAUUGCCAUUGGCUGCAAAAACUCUUGGUGGCUUUUUACGUCGUAACAAAACUGACAAGUGGGAGGAAAUACUGAAUGAUAAAUUAUGGAGUAUAUCAGAUGGGAGUAAUAUACUCCCAGUACUCAGAUUGAGUUAUCAUUAUCUCCCUUCACCUUUGAAGAGGUGCUUUGCCUAUUGCUCAAUACUUCCCAAUGACUAUGAAUUUGGGAUAACCCAAUUAAUCCUUCUGUGGAUGGCAGAGGGUUUCCUUGAGCAAACAGGAGGGACUAAAGGAAUGGAAGAUAUCGGUGACGAAUAUUUUGGGGAGCUAUUGUCUCGGUCAUUAUUUCAAACCUCGGGCAAAAACAGUUCAUGCUAUGUAAUGCAUGACCUUGUUGGUGACUUGGCACGAUGGGCUGCUGCAGACACAUUUUGCAGAUUGGAGGAUAAACUGCAUGGUCGAUGUUCUGCAAAGACUCGCCAUCUGGCUUACAUUUCUAGUAAGUUCGAUGGGGUAAAAAGAUUUGAGACAUUUUCUGAAGCCAAACGCUUGCGGACUUUCCUACCACUUCCUGUUUCCGGUGGUUAUGAGAAUUAUCUAACUCGUUAUGCUACUUCUGAUUUAUUGCCACAAGUGAAGUACUUGCGGGUGCUCUCCUUCAAUGGCUAUAAACUGACCGAGGUGCCAAAUUCCGUAGGUAAGUUGAGACAUCUACGGUACCUUGAUCUUUCUCACACAUUAAUAACGUGUUUGCCUGAGUCAACAUGCAUGCUUUACAACUUACAGACAUUAAUAUUAGAGAAUUGUUCAAAAUUGAAGACACUACCUUCAAACAUGAGCAAUUUAUCUAAUUUACGUCAUCUCAACAAUUCAAACAUGCCUUCAUUGGAAGAAAUGCCUCCCAAAGUAAGUCGGUUGACUCAUCUGCGAACUUUGCCUAAUUUUGUGGUGGGGAAAGGUAGUGCAUCAGGGAUUGGAGAGAUACAGUCAUUGCAUCUUCGUGGGACCUUGAGUGUUGGAAGAUUGGAAAAUGUGAUUUAUGUUGGGGAUGCAAAGACGGCUCAAAUAAUGAACAAGGAAGGGCUGGAAAUCUUGCAAUUGGAAUGGAGCGGCACAAGCGAGAAGGAGUUGGAGGUGCUGUGCAGUUUAGAAGCUCAUAAAAAGCUUAAGGAGCUGACCAUCAAGGGCUACAAUGGUUUCGAAUUUUCAAAAUGGAUUGGACAUCCUUCAUUCUCUGAUAUGACGUCUGUGAAAUUGGAGAAUUGUAAAAACUGUCGAUUCUUACCUCCUCUUGGCCAAUUACCUUUUCUGAAAAAACUUCAGAUACAAGGACUGGCCAAUGUUGAAAGUGUGGGUGCUGAGUUCUAUGGAGAGUGCAGCUUGCCUUUUCCAGUGUUGGAAGUCCUGAGGUUCAAGGAUAUGCAAAAUUGGAAGGAGUGGCUUCCUUGCAAAAGAGAUGAAGAAAUUCGAGUUUUCCCAUGCAUGGAAGAUCUUGUAAUCUUUAGUUGCCCAAAAUUGAAAGGUUGGUUGCCCAAGAACAUGGAUUCAUUAUCACAGCUGUAUAUUGCUGAAUGUGAAGAGUUAGUGGUUUCAAUAGCCAAUUAUAAACAUCUUCGUAUGCUGAUCAUCGACGGUUGUAAAAGGGUGGUGCACAGAAGUGGAGUUAAGUUUGAGUUACUGGAGGCCAUGGGGCUUUAUAAUAUUUCAGAGUUCAGACUCGAAAUAGACGGGUUCAUCAGAGGAUUGCCAAAGCUUCAAGGAUUGUGGAUUACUGGUUGUGAAGAGUUGACAUGUUUAUGGGAGAAUGAGGAUAGGUGGCUGCAGCAUCGAAUUUCCAAUAUUAUUGGAGGCAACAUAUCUGACUCCCCCUCUCACUUUAUUCAAGAGCUAAGAGCACUCGGUGUACUUGAGUUAACUGGAUGCUCAAAUCUAAUCUCUUUUCCAGAAGCUAGUUGGCCACCUUGUCUUGAAUUUGUAAAGAUGGUGUCGUGUAAUUCUUUGACGCAUUUCGUAAGGUAUCAAGUACCGCCAAGCAUAAGAAGAAUAGAGAUAGAAAAAUGUCAAAAUUUUAAACUAUUAGUGAAGGAUGCUGGGGAGCUAGAGAGUUGUCUGGAGGACUUGAAGAUAACAGAGUGUGCAUCUUUGACAUCCUUAUCAGGGAAUGGAGGCCGACUACCCAGAACGCUCAAAUAUCUCGAUUUAAGUGACUGUGAACGAUUGGAGUCAAUAAUCAAAACAUUCCACGAUGACACUUGUCUUGAAUAUCUUUGGAUAAGGAGGUGUGCAAAUCUCAAAUCCUUACCAGAGGGGCUAUGCCAUCUCUCCGCUCUUCGCAUUUUAUGGAUAGAGGAAUGUGGAAGUCUCGUUUCCUUCCCAAGAGGAGGGUGGCCAUCCAACCUGGCAUGCUUGUCUAUCUCCAGUUGUGCUCAAUUGGAAGCCCUCCCCAGAGGCAUGGACAACCUCAGCUCUCUUCAGAUUUUGUUGUUGAGAUACUGUGGAGGUUUGGCAUCCAUUCUAGAAGAGGGUUUCCCACCCAACCUAAUUAAUCUGGAAAUUGGCCAUCCCGAAAGCUGCAAUUCUCUCUCAGAGUGGGGGCUUCACCACUUGGACAGACUCACCUCUCUUGAAACCUUUUCUAUCUUCAGUGUAAAUCCAGAUGUGGUGUCCUUUCCGCCAAAGGAGGUGCUGCUCCCUAAAUCUCUCAUUAAACUCACCAUUGCAGGCUUCCCAAAUCUGAAGCGCCUGUCAUCAUCUUUUCAAUCACUCACCUCUCUUGAAUCCCUUGACAUUCUUGGAUGCCCAAAGCUAGCAUCUAUUAUUCCAGAACAAGAGGAUCAUCUGCCUCUUUCACUUACACAGCUUCGCAUCCGUGAGGGCUGUCCGCUGCUCACAAAGAAAUACAAACCAGGUAAAGGACGACACUGGCCCAAACAAAUUGCCCACAUCCCUUACGUUUAUGUUGGAGACUGCGAUGACGAAGCCGAAGCCGAAACCGACCGCCGGGCAUAGAUAUCAAACUAUAGAGCCGCAAGAAGUACAAGGUUGAGCAAUGGACCAGCUCAAGAGUCUUGAUCCACGCACCCUUCUAAUUCUGGAUUAAGGGCAGCAGCAAUUAAAAGGUGGAGAAAGUUGUCUGCAAUGAGAGCACCUCAAGAAUUUUGAUCUGGGCUUCUAGUUCUGGUUCAAGAUUGCCAGUCAAGAUUAUGAUAGCCAAUGAGGUAUUUAAGCAUGCCGCUACCAUUUCAGGGUGUUGAACUUCUGGUAAGAAUAAAGUGACUCCGCAUAAAACUGGAGUUUUUGGAAGCCUGUUGUGGGAUUUUGCAUGCGUGUUGAAGGUCAGCUUCUUCGAGCGCGGUUGUGGGAACAGAGCAGGCUUCAGAACUAAAGAAGCAAAUUUUUUGUACAAUCCUUAGGAACAGUGUUCUUACUGUUGUGUCCCCCAUAGCUGCUGUGCUGUCUGUGUCGCGCUAUUUGGCCUGCUGUCUGCUUGCAACUGCAUCCAUCCGUCUGUUUCAGUUUUGGUAGUUGAGAGCGUAAUGAGAGAUAGAAUGAGAAAGAUAUAGAUGAGAGCAGCCCCAGUUGAAAGCUGAAGAAUCGCUUCUUUGAAAUUUGAUAGAUUUAUCUCCCAAUUGUCCCAUCGGUUUGACCGAUUUUGAGUCCUUCAUCUUACUCUGAAGAAUUUGAAGAAGGAUAAUCACCCAGACACUCAGAUCGUUUUAACUUCAUAUGACAAAUCACUGUAUCGAUUGGAGUCUUUGAAAUUAUUCACGGUCCAAGUUCUGAGGGAAACAGUGUGGAGAGUUAGAGAAUUAUAUCAGUUUGGGGCAUUUUCAAGAAGCGAAGGGACUUAGUUUUGCAAAUUUCAGGCAGUCUGAUCUGUGGUUUUCUCUGUAAUCAUUGUUUGGGGGUUGCAUAUAUUCAAGAAGUAGGGGUUGCAUCCCUUACAAAUCAGAGCCUAUGGAGUUCAAUUCCCAUACACCACCAUCGUCAUCGAACUAACUUUACUACUUGUUGCGACUAUAGACCCGCAAGAAGUACAAGAUUGAGAAAGUAAGUUGAGUUGAGCAAUGGACCACCUCAAGAGUCUUGAUUCACGCACCCUUCUAAUCCUGGUUUAAGGUUAUUUCUGAAAUUGUUGAAAGUACGUUGCCGUGCACACGACUACACUGAUGUCGUGUUGGUGCAUGAACAUCGUGGUAAACCCGAUGGUUUGAUUGUAUGCCACCUUCCAUAUGGACCAACAGCUUAAUUAUUUUCAACUAUGCAAUGUGGUUUCAAGACAUGACAUCAAGGACAAGAAAGCCAUGGGAACGGUGCCACAGGCUUAUCCACAUUUGAUUAUUAACAAUUUCACGACUAAGGUAUCAUAUCUCAUCUAAAGAUUUCUACUCUAAGUCCUAAUUUUUCUCUCUCAUUCACUUUACUGUACCUAGUAUAUUGGCAAUAUAAUUGUUCAUAGAUGAGAGUCCUUGUCUAAAUGAAUAACUGUUACAGUUUUUAUCUCUUAAUUAUUGACAAAGAAAAUCAAGUUUUUUUUUUUGAGAAAUAGAUAAUUUUAUUACUUAUCCAUAGCCAGAAAGCACGUACAUCAUAGGUUGUCUCAUACCAACAGAAUUCGAAUGGCACAAGCCGCCAAACAUAUGACAGGUGACUCUCAUUGUAAACAAAUGCGCACAAUUAUAAAAGUGCCUAGCCAAAAGAAACAAACUCCAAACUACCUAAGUUCUUGCCAUGACCACCCUAGUCGCCUAGAGACCUCAAUUGGUGUACAACUAGGGGAGCCAACCUACAUAGCCCUAGACUUUACCGCAAUUGCUAGACACAAAGAAGGGAAAGUCUAGAGUUUUCCCUUGCCCUUAGCCGAAGGGCCAGUUUCUGGAACGGGCUUAGCAGAAGGAUAGGUGAGUCGUAAAGGAUUUAUCCCAGCCUUCUUUUGAGACCUAGGGCCUUUAUUCUUACUUCCAAGGGGUCGACCCAGCUUCUUCUUAAGUUUAACAAGAGUAACGUCAUCCUCUACUUCAACUAGGCCAAGGGCAUCAGCCUGUAGUGUAAGAAACUUGCCACCAAGAAUAGUCUUGAACUUCUUCGGCGAGGGUACAUGUAUCUCCUCCCGGACUCUCUUCUUGUAGGUCAAAGUUGGCUUAACCACAGCUUGCGGAGGGGAGCCAAUCAAGUCCUCAGAACUAGGAUCAGAAGAAUGGCCGGAAGUCCCCCCGACAGUUUGGUCCUGCAACACAGAGUCACAGAGCAUGCCUUCCAACUCUGCCGUGUUGGGCACGGUAGCCGCCUUAGGAGCAGGACCAGAAAGUGAUCGCUCCUGUCGCCGAAUGACCGGCUUCUUCUUCUUCAGUAUAGUAGGGGAAGGCAAAGGUAAAUCAAUGUUACUCUGGGCCGAAAAGGAGAAGCCUUCACCGGAGAUAGGGGGACCUCCACCAAAUCGCAAAACCCUAGGGGUAGAAACCACGGCAUUGGGUUCCUCACACUUUUCACCAGAGUGUGUAAUCAAUCCACACUGUGAGCAACGACCCUUAAGAUGUUCGAACUGGAAUUUCAGUGUAGGUUCAACACCUGUGGCCAAGAAAACCCGACGCUCCAAGAGAACAGGUUUAGAGAUAUCAUGAGAAAAAAGGAUUCGGACGAUACCUUUGCGAAAUUCCUUCUUGUCAUAGUCCAGAUAGCCUCCUAGCAGAUUUCCGACGAGGAUGAGGUUGUCUGGCUCCUCAUAGAGGGGAGGGAUACCCGAAACCCUAACCCAGAUUCUGAUAUGUUUCAUAGGCACGUCCCCAAUGGACAGAACGCCAUCAUAUUCCUCCAGACAGACCGGAGCAUGAUCAUAACACCACACACCACCCUUCAGAACCUUGUUCCGAUCCCGAACAGAUCCAAAAGAGAAUAAGAAGUGGUUGUCCGCGCGUUCCUGAACCCUAAACUCCUUGUCCACCAGCCACGUCCGGAGAAAGUGAGCCUUGAAGGCGGAGGGAUCAACUGGUUUCCGGGUGAGCGGCUUUCCAAGAAGAAAAGAGUGAGAAGACCUGCGAACAGACCCUCCUCCAAUUCGUCCCAGAUCUGGAGCUUUUCCUCCAUCAGCAAGUGCCAGAGAAGCGGCAAAGCUAGCAGUCACUGCGUCUAUGGAAGCCAUGGAAGGUGGAAGAACGUUGAAAAGCGCUGAGAGGUGACAAAGAUGCCGCCUAGGGCACUAGAGGGUGAAGAGAGUCGCUAGAGUCGAGAGGAAGUCUCGCUAGGGUUUUUUUUGACAAAGAAAAAUCAAGUUUAACUAUUGGAAGCACCAUUUAUCCUACUUGAUUUGAUUUAGGUGCUUCGGUCACCUAUUUUGAUGGUAAUAUAAAUGGAUGCUCUCUCUCUCUCCCUCUCACACACACACAUAUGUACAGUCAUAUCCCUCCAUGUUUGAGUCGUACCUAUUAACUUUCCUAUCAUAUAAUUACA